CAAGGCGAAUCGCACCGACGCAGCUUGGAUAAUCAAAGGCCGGGAGGGAGUCAAAGGUCUUGAUUGAGCGCUCGUUUUCCGUCAACGUGCAAAGUCGCGCGCAGUCCGGAUCAAGCAGCGAACCAAAAUGAAGUGCGUAACGGUGGUGAUGUUUGCGGUGGUGCUGGUGUGCGCGGCCGACGCGUGUUUCUGGGGCGGCAAGAGCAAGCAGCAGCAGACGCCAGAGUGGCUGACCAAGGAGUCGCUCAGCGAGUUCAACUCGGCCCUGGACAAGAACCAGAAGAAGCGCACGAGGCGCGACACGUCCGAGGAGGAAGUCGCGGUCACACCGACCCCAACCACCUCAGAACGCGCCUCCUCCUUCUGGGAAAAAAUCUCCAAGGGCGUGUCCAACGCGUACGAAAAGGCCAAGGAGGACGCCAAGACCAUUAAGGACAGACUCGAGGAAAACCUCGGAAUUUGAAUCUACUUAAUUAAAAAAAGAUUAUUUUCAAACGAA